AUGCGGUUAACAAUAAGUCUGUUAGCUGUGUUGAUAGCGUGCAUGGUGCGUGCGACGUAUAAUUUGGAAUGCGAACAAAAUCAAAAUGGACAGUCCAUGAGCUUCUUUAAGACGAAUGGUGAUCUUCUGUUAACUGGUUUCUUCGACGUCUACGACGAGAAAUGUUCGGGCCCCACGUCAACAGGUAUCCAUUCAAUGGAAAUGGUAGCCACCGUUGUGCAAAUACUAAAUUCGAUUCAUUAUAUCCCUGGCAUCACAUUGGGAUUAACUUUGUACGAAGUGUGUUCGUAUCGGAGUUCAGAUCUCCAAAAAGCAUUGAUAUCGUUCGUCGUCGACAAAGACUGCAAUAACUCGACAAUACCGAUUGCCAUAUACACUACCGAAGACAUACGAGCCAAAAUCAGUCCGUCGAUUGGUUUGAACAUACCCAUCGUAACGGCAGGACCUAUUAUCGACGUGGACAUCCAUGCCGAAGCAGCCGUUAAGUUCUUAACCGUCAACGAUAUUAGCGUCGCUGACGUAUUAAUUGCGCAGGAUCUGGACGUCGCUCAGAGGUUCGAAAGUGUGGCCAAAGACAACGGAUUGUGUUUGAACAGGACGGUCUUGGCUCAUAACUUUGGGAAUUUGAACGACUCCCUAGUGGUCAUCGUCAUGACGAACAAGAAUGUCAUUAAAUCAAUUAUAGAGUCGUCAUCGACCGUCCGUGUAUCUCAUUUCAUUAUAAUACCACUGGACGGACCGUUACCGCCCAAACCAGACUUCGUGUUCGGCUCAUACGUGUUUCAAGCGUACGGCAGCUGCCCGUUCGUCAACAGCAACAACAGCAACAACAACAACAACAACAGCGGUGACGUCACCGCGGCCCCGGAACAGCUGCAGGCGGUGUCCACGCAGUUCGUGCAGACGGCCGUGGACGUGCUGCGCGCGGUGGACGCGUACACCGGGAACGUGGACGACGGCAGCGUGGACGACGAGUGCGGCCGGAACUCGUCCGCGGGACAGUGCGGCCCGGCGGCGGAAAACCAGACGGCCGCUGGUAGUUACGGCGUGGAGACUGUGGGUCGAGUGCUGGACAGGCUGUUGUUGCUGGACGGCAGCGGCGGCGAGUAUAACGUCACGCUGGUGCACGUGACCGAAUACGGCGGCGGUGGUCAGACGGUCGGUGGUUACGCACAGGACUCUAACGGCACGCGCCGGUUGUGGUUGCAGAAGGACGACACCGGCGGCAGUGGUCAGCAACCGCGGUACUUGAGCAAGUGCGAGGCGGACGGAUCGUGUCCGACGUGCCAGUUGCGGCCCACGCCGACGGCCACGCCCGCGUCGUACGGAUUGCUUUCGGUGACUUGGAAGGAGGACGUGUGGAUAGCGUCCACGCUGACCGUGUCGGCGGUGGGCGCCAUAUGCGCCGCGUGCAUAGCGGCGUUCGUGCUGGUGCGCGUGUGCAAGAAGGACGUGAUGGAGGGCAACCCGACGUUCUCUUUCGUGCUGGUGGCCGGCACGCUGCUCAUGUACGCCAGCGCCGUGCCGUUCGCGGUGCACGACAGCGCCGCCGGUUGGCCGCGGCAAACCGUGUGCUACGCCAAGCUGUUCGGCGCUUCGGGCAGCUGCGCGUUCGUGUUCUCCGCCAUGCUAGCCCGGAGCCUGAUGAUCGCCGCGUGCGACUGCGAUUCGAGCUUCAUGAGCCACGUCAACGGCUACCUGCAGACGUCCCUGUUCGCGUUCACCGUGGGCGUGCAGCUGGCGCUCAUGCUUCAGUUCGCGGCCAUACACGCCGCCGUUGUGCCGUCGUCCGACCUGUGCCGGGUGUUCGUCGACGGUCCCCUGUUUUUGGGCUCCAUGUCCUACGACGCGCUGCUGCUGGUGCUCCUGUGCGUCACGUCGCCGUUCGUGUUCCGGUCGAAGCGCAACUACCGGGAGGGCGCGUGCUUCGCCAUCGCCACUUACCUGGUGUUCGCCGUCUGGCUGUGUUGGACCACGGCGUACGCCGUCCUGCCCAGGCAGUGGUCCGACAUGUGCGCAAUGGUUGGCCUGACGGCCACCGCGACCGUGAUCGUGGUCACCGUGUUCAUACCACGCACGUACAUGAUGAUGUUCGGUAUCGUCCGCGAACAGAUCACCAGUUCGCUGCCGUCGCUCGGCUACGGUCACGGCGGCGGUGGCUGCGGCGGCGCCAGCAUCACGGACGUCAACUACAGGUCCACGCAGGCCCUGUACGAUUCGGUCCACGUGGCCGCCCCCAAGUGCCAGUCGUCCAGUUUCAAAGGCCAGUCCAACCCCAACUACUACUCGCCGGCGGGGUCGCAUAUACAUUCGAUCCCCAGGAGCCGACCACUGACUCCGGUCGACGAGUACGACUCACCCCCAUCGAUCGACAACAGGAUAACCAGAUUCUAA